CACCUUUUUUUUUUUUUCUUUUUCUUUCUUUAAACCCCCAAUAUUCCCCUCAUACACACUCACACUAUAUUUAGUAUACGCUUUUAUAAAUAAUAAUAAUGUUUGGUUCAAUUACCUUAUUCUUAACCUCGGUUGUGCUUGCUGCUAUCCUUUUAUUCCUCAUGGUCUUUUUUGUCAUCAUGUUUUCUGAUUUAGAAUGUGAUUACAUUAACCCCAUCGACCUUUGCAACAAACUCAACCAAUUUGUUUUGCCCGAGAUGGGACUUCAGGCCUUUUUGUUUUUUAUCUUUCUAGUUACAGGCCAUUGGCUCCAAAUGCUUAUCAAUCUGCCCAUUUUAUUUAUCAAUGUUCGAAAGGUUAUGAACAAUACACACAUGUACGAUGCUACAGAGAUCUUUCGUACCUUGUCCAAGCACAAAAAGGAAAGCUUUAUUAAGCUUGGAUUCUAUGCCAUUACAUUUUUCUUUUAUCUUUACUGCAUGAUUGUUGCUUUAAUUGCUUCAGACUAGAAAAUAUCAAAAUCAUAUAUUUUUUGUAAAUAUUUAUAUUAUAUAAAAAAAAAAAAGAUGUAAAUUACAGACUGAUAUGUACACACUAUAUAUAUAUUAAACUUCUUCAUCCGAGUCUUGAUCAACGUGAUCUUUUCUGAAAUCUCGUUUACAUA